UCAAAUUAUUAAGGCACUUGAUACACCGAACCAAUGUUCAAAAUUAUUAUAUGAUAUGGAUUGAAAAUUGCGCCGAUAAUUGCACUAAUUUGGACGUUACUCUUUGACUGUUCACCUAAAACAUAUUUUUCCUGGCAGAUAUGAAAGACUUUGGAUUGCUCUCCAGCAAAACGGUUACGGAAGUUCUGAUGUUGGAAAUGAAAAUGGCUAUAAAAGCUAAAACAUAUAUCGUUUCUGGCUUCCCAAGAAAUAUGAGGGAUGUGGUCGAGUAUUCAGAAAAAAUCAGGAUGGUGAGUGGAGCAAUCCUCAUUUCUUGGAGACAGAAAAUUUUAGAGAGACAAAUAGAUUAUGGUGCCAAAUUGGGGCAAGUGGUAUUGUCCUUAGCUCGUAUGGAAUUGAAUAAUUUUUACAAGAAUGUGACGCCUGUCGCUGAUUAUUUCGAUCAGAAUGGACUUCUGUUGACGAUAAAUGGCGAGCGACAUCCCUCUGAAGUGUAUAACGAUUUCAAAGCCGGCGUAUUCAAAAUAUUGGGCCAACAAGAUAACCCGCCAGUUUUCAGCAAUGGCAAAGUUGCUCCUAUACCCAGCGAUGUAUCUACAGAACUUCCCACGAGGCAAUCCUUCGCCUCUAUACCACAAGGAAAAGAAUCAGAUAAAAGCCAAGACAAUUCGGAAAGACCAAAAACACAAAUAAUAUCAGUCAACGCGAAUAACGCGGAAGCAUUCUCCACGCCGGUGAAAAAUGGAUGGCCACCUGUUAUCUGGGUUAUUGGAGGACCAGGAAGUAACAAAGCAACCCUUUGUAGUCAAGCUGCGAGAGAUACAGGUUGGGCCCACGUAAGUUUAGGUAAAUUCUUGAGAGCAGCUGCAGAACCUCCAGAGCAUCCUCGGAGUAGGGAAGCGAACAGGAUAAAGGAGUGCAUAAGCAGUGGAGAGUUAGUCCCUCUAGAACUGGUCAUGAAAUAUGUAGAAGCUAACCUUUCGAUGAACCUCGUGGCUCCAGGAAUCAUUCUAGACGGUUUCCCGAGAGAUAUGCAACAAGUUACAGAAUUCGAGGCCAAAUUCAAACAGAAACCCACAAUAAUACUUUUGGACUGCAGUAAACUUCAGCUAGGCAGAGGAAGGCUUGAUGAUAGUGUCACAGCAUUUAGAAGAAGACUUGAAAUUUUCAGGCAAUCUUCACUGCCGAUGCUGAAGACAAUGGAUCAGAUAGGAAGAUUAACCAUUGUGGAUGGCGAUACUGACAACCUUGCAGUUCAGGAGGACUUCAGGAACGUGGUUCGUGGACUCUCCGAGCACAUACAAAACGACAAAAAAAUUGAAAAUGUUCAUCCCAAGGAGAACUCAGCUGUCGUUCCGAAUGGUAAUCUGUCAAAUGGCCAUGCUCCACAUCCGCCAGACGUACCUGUUGAAACCAUCAGUCAAAGAGUGGCUAAUGGUGUGUCACAUUUGACAAACGGCAUAACAGCGAACGGAACAGCAAAGACUGUGGCUAACGGAGUGGCAAAUGGGGUAGCUAACGGUGUGCCUAACGGCAUAGCUAACGGUGUGCCUAACGGCAUAGCUAACGGCGUGCCUAACGGUAUAGCUAACGGUGUAGCUAACGGUAUCUCGCAUCAAGUUAACGGAUAUGGACACAAAAUGGUGAACGGGACAAAAAGUGUGGCUAAAAAGAUUGCAAAUAAUGGUUUACCCUCUUACACCAGUUUAGCUACCGAAAAACUUACUAAUCAUAACGCAGUUAAUUAUAUGGAUGCUCACAUCUAAUAGAGCAACUGAAGAGUGUUGACUUGAGUGGUUAGCGGAAAUUUUUCAGGAAUACUGAAUGUGAUAUUAGCAUGCCAUGUAACAUGUUGCAUAAAUUGUUGAUGAGAAUAAUGAUGAGAAGUUAUUAAUGUUGGAAAUCAUGAAUUUCAAAUGGAGAUUUGUAAAGUUAGAUGCCAAAUCAAAUUAUUGGUUAGUUGAUAGGUUUAACUUCACAGGAUAAUUUCUUUUUCAAUUUACCAUGAACAAAAACAGCACGAGAAAAAUUCACUGAUUUAUUAUUCAGGUCACAGAGGUAAUGAUAAUAUAAAUUUAGCUUUAAAAAAUUCCCUCGUGAAAUUAAAUUUUCGCAUGGGAUGUCAAUGAAUCCUAGAUAUAUAUAAAUUUAAGAAAUAUUCAAUGCACAUUCCGUUAUUUCAUUAUUAGUUAAUAGAAAUCUUUUUAUGUGUAAUAAGAAUGAAAUUCAACGUGCCUAUUGUUAUGAGGACCAACCAUUCUCAUCGUACAAAGAUUUAUUAGUACUAUAACUUUUUACAACGUCCUAUAGAAUAGUUGAAAUUUUUGUAAGAAAUAUAGAAAACAUAUAUUCUUUUUUCAACAGAGAUAGAAAUUUUGUAAAUUAUAUAAUUAUUAUAAUAUAUAAAUAAGGUUAUACAUUGCUUCUUCAUUAUAUUUAUUGUAUUGAAAAAAGCCAUAUGUUAAAUGAAAAAUAAAAAAAUACAAAAAAAUGCAGGGUAUGAAAUCCGUCCAUAGAAUAUAAACUGAACUUCGGUCCACUACAUCAACAUUGGAGAAAAUAGAAUAGAAAUAAUAUAUGCAUGUACAAGUUUGACCCAUUAUUUUGUAUGGAAUGUUAUGUUACUAACCUACUGACCAAAUUUCAUUUACUGACAUAUAUACUAACUAUUUUUGAUGAAAAUCUAGAGAAUUUCAUGUUCUUUGACAAACUGUAGGAAAAUUUCGAAGAAUAAAGAAAAUUUAUCGGAAA